CGAACCGCCCUUUCCCUCCUCGCUUUCUCCUUUUUUGCAGGCAUUCUCAGCAUGAUCAUCAUCCGGACUCUCCGGAAAGACAUUGCCAACUACAACAAGGAAGACGACAUUGAGGACACCAUGGAGGAGUCGGGGUGGAAGCUGGUGCACGGGGACGUCUUCCGGCCGCCCCAAUAUCCCAUGAUCCUCAGCUCCCUCCUGGGCUCCGGCAUCCAGCUCUUCUGCAUGAUCCUGAUCGUCAUCUUUGUGGCCAUGCUGGGGAUGCUGUCUCCCUCCAGCCGGGGGGCUCUGAUGACCACUGCCUGUUUCCUCUUCAUGUUCAUGGGGGUCUUCGGGGGCUUCUCGGCCGGCCGCUUGUACCGCACCCUCAAAGGCCAUCGGUGGAAGAAAGGCGCUUUCUGUACGGCCAUGCUGUAUCCCGGGGUCGUCUUUGGGAUUUGCUUCGUCCUGAAUUGUUUCAUCUGGGGCAAACACUCGUCGGGGGCGGUGCCGUUUCCCACCAUGGUGGCGCUGCUCUGCAUGUGGUUCGGCAUUUCCCUGCCCUUGGUGUACCUGGGCUACUACUUCGGCUUCCGCAAGCAGCCCUACGACAAUCCUGUGCGGACCAAUCAGAUCCCGAGGCAGAUCCCGGAGCAGAGGUGGUACAUGAAUCGGUUCGUCGGGUGAGUCUCCCGGGC